AUGGGGGUGGUCGGGCUUGGAUGCGACCUGCUGCAUGUGCCUCGCAUGGAGGCUGCACUCGGGCGCUGGGGUCCACGCUUGCUGCGCAAGGUGCUGCACGCGGAUGAACUCUCCAUCUUCCACCUCCGUUCGCGCCCGGCACAGCCCGCUGUUCUCUACCUCGCCUCGAGGUGGGCGGCGAAGGAGGCGGCGUUCAAGGCGUUCGGCCGUGGUCGAGGCGAGGUGCUGUUUACAGAAAUGAAGGUCGCCAACGAACCAACAGGGCGCCCGAUCCUUGUGCUCGAGGGUAAGACUAGGAAGCUGGCUGGGGAACUUGGCAUCACACGAACGCACCUGGCCAUCUCCCACGAGCAUUCCUAUGCGCUAGCUCACGUCAUCUUUGAACGCGACUGA